CUUACACUCUUACUCAUUACCAUGAUCCCAUGAUCCCAUGAUCCCAUGAUACCAUGGACUUCAUGGCCCACAAGCUUUACAUCCCCCCGUGCAUCGAUACUCCAGCCCACUCUCUCCAUCUACCGCCGCUGGGUCGGCCUCUGAGGAUCCAGAUCGAAGGGCCCCUGACGUGCAUCGAGAAGCUGUUCCCAGAUGUAUCGUGGCAGCUUGAACAUAUACCUCCUCGGCCUUUUCCGCAGCCGGCUGGCUUGCGUCUUGCAAGGCUGACGUGCCGAGAACUAUACGGGCGAGAAGCGCAUCCCGAGGAUCCCGAGGUCGUUGGCAAUAUUGUGCUGAGGGAUGAAUACUUGGGCUGGCUGCAGCCAGUGUCCUUGAGCAAAAUCGACUACUACGGCGUCACAUUCGAUUACCUUGUCCCUGCGGACGAUCCUGAUCCAGACGUGCUGCAGAUCAACAUGAUUGAGAUUGAGUACGACGGAGGCGCGUAUGCAAACGAGACGCUGAGAUGGGGGCCGAUUGAUGCAGCAGAAUAUAUAGCGAACAAGCUUGUUCUUGCCGUGCCAAGAUGCUGCCAGAAACGAAAAGGAACACAGGAUCGUUCCAGGGUGAAUGAUUCUGUUGCUUGGAGGGGGGCCCGGGAAAUAAUGGAUGACGAUGUUACUCGGAGGAACGAAUGAUCGAAUGAUCGAAUGAUCGAAUGAUCGAAUGAUCGAAAGAAAGAGAGAAAGAAAGAGAGAAAGAAAGAAAGAAAGAAAAGGAGAGUGGUGAGUCAAUGUUUAGUCCUUUGGUACAUUGUGCAUUGCGCAUUGUGCAUCAUGCACUGUGCAGCCAUGCUCCAAAAGCACCGGGGGCGCCUGAUCUUGUCAAAGUGUUCAAUUCUGAAAGGGAUAACUUAUAAGCUGUCCAUAUAUGUAAAGGAUUUUCACCACUGGUCUGCGUGUUACCAAGAGCAACAACUAAUUUAUUUUUUUAAAAAAACAAAACAAAACAAAAUAAUAGAACA